GUUGCACACUGGUGCUUCUGGUCAUGGUGAUCCUGCAGUUUUGACUUGUCCUUGGAGAAGUGACAGAAUGGGAAAGAAGGUGAAGAAGGAGAGCGAGACUCCAUGCAAGGAAACGUUUGAGCCACUACCCUUUGAGGGCAAAACUCCAGCAACAGUAGUGCUGCUGCUGAGUUCCCCAGAGGAGGACAUCCUAGUCAAAGCCUGUGAAGCAAUACACUUAUUUGCAGAAAAAGGAGAUGAGAACAAGGCUUGUCUGCUGGGACUGGGGGCAUUGGAGCCUCUCUGUCAGCUCAUCACUCACAUCAACAAGCUGGUCAGACGCAACGCCUUCAUGGCCUUGGGCAGCAUGGCCAACAACGGUGAUGUAAGGAUUGCUCUGAAAAAAAUAGAUGUCAUUCCAUCAAUCAUUGACAAACUGUCACUUGAAGAGGAUAUAGUUGUCCAUGAGUUUGCAACACUGUGCCUGGCCUCUCUGUCAGUGGAUUUCGUCUGUAAGGUCCAGAUCUUUGACAACAAGGGCCUGCCACCUCUAAUCCAGCUCCUAUCCAGUCCAGACCCUGAUGUCAGGAAGAACUCACUAGAGAUCAUCUUUAACCUGGUUCAGGACCACCAAAGUCGUCUGGCAGUACAUGAGUUGGGAGGGAUCCCUCCACUUCUGGAACUGUUGAAGUCCGACUUCCCUGUCAUUCAGCAUUUGGCUUUAAGGACACUGCAGAAUGUCACCAUUGAUAAAGAUACAUGCAACACCUUCAGAGAAGAGCAAGGAUUUGAGAAGCUCAUGGAUAUCCUCAAAAACAUGGAAUUCAGAGACCUUCAUGCUGAGGCCUUACAGGUAGUUGCUAACUGUGUGAGUGACAGUGAGAGUUUACAGCUGAUCCACAAGGUUGGAGGAUUGACCAGGCUGAUGGAGUUUGUUCUCACCCCUAAUACGCCUGAAAUCCAGUCCAAGGCUGUUAAAUGCAUCGCCAGGGUUGCUGAGAGCUCUGAGAAUCGCAAACUGCUGCAUGAGCAGAGUGUGGAGAAAGUUCUUGUAGAACUUCUGUCCGUGGCGGACAUCAGCGUGAAAACAGCUACCUGCCAGGCUAUGUCCGUCAUGAGCUUCCACCUAGCCAGCAAAGACAGCUUCAGAGACCUGGGUGGUAUCCCUGCAGUUGUACGGUUGCUGAGCAACGACAGUUUGGUGCUUAGAGAGGCAGCAACCCAGGCCCUCUCCAACCUCACAAAUAGCAACCAGCUCAACGCAUUUGCAGUGUACAAUGCAGAAGGCCAUGAAAUCCUUGUCCAGCAGCUGUAUGGAACCUGUCCCAGGACGGUGGGAAAUUCUGCUGCCACACUUGGCAACAUGGCAGGACAGGAGGUCAUCCGCUGCAGUGUCUUAUCACAUGGAGCCAUACAAGCUCUGGUGGAGCUCUUGAAGUCAACAGAUACCGAGGUCCUGGUCAACACCACGCUGUGCCUGGCAGUGUUGGCCUGCGAAUCAGAAGCUAGGGCAGAGCUACUAAGCGCAAGUGGCCUUCAACCACUUGUCAAUUUGCUGCACACCUAUCAAAAGGAGGUGUUGCAGAAUGCAUGCUGGGCUAUCAAUGUCUGUGCCACUGAUGUGCCCGUCGCUGUGGAGAUCUGCAAAUUUGGUGCCUUGGAAUUGCUUCAGCAAAUCAACCAAUCAGUGAAUCGAAAAAGCAGUUUCAGCAGAUUGGCCAUGAUCAGCCUGCUUAAUUCCAACUUGUCUGUCAAAUACAGCCUGACCGGUAAUUUGGCCUCCACUGACCUCAUUAGUGAUGGCUUCUAUGACGCCGGGAAGGUCCCUGCAGGUCAGAGGAUUCUGACUUUAGAGGAACUGUCCAAGCAGCCUGUCAACGAGCAACGGCCCAUCAUUGUUGUCAAUACAGCAACAGAAGAGACUGUGGAUGCACCAGAAGGGAGGCACAGCAACCCAUCAGAAACAGACACCAGCAGCAAGAGAGACCGCAGAACACCAAGGAAGAAGAAAGAGGAUGACAAACAGAAAGAUGAGACCCAGCCUGAGUCUCAUACAGAGAAACCGUGGAAGAUGAUGGAAGACGUCUCUUUGCAGGUUCUACUUAAAGAGGCCAAAGAAUCCAUUUUCUCACUAAGUGAUGAACGAGAGCAGUGUGCUGCCUUGGCCGGGCUGGUGAGUGAAGCCAUGGGCGGAGCUGUGGAGAUGGAAAAGUUGCAUGAAUUCCCAUGGUUGCUACACCUCAGCGAGCUCAAGUUUCUGCUUCAGUCUAAUGUUGUUCCCAUCGGUCUGAUCAACAGGGGAAUCUACUGCCAUAGGGCACUUCUCUUCAAGUGUCUGGCUGAUUGCAUCGGGAUGAGCUGCACACUCGUCAGGGGCGAGUACAAUCGGGCCUGGAACGAGGUACUCCUCUUCGAUGGGAAUCCCUCCAGGAAUGAGCGCUCUUCAAAGCCCUGCCGCUACAUAGUUGACCUCAUGCACCAGCCUGGAAGCCUGCUGACAGACAGUUCUCCUGCUGCUGUGCAAUACCAGACCAUAUAGAUUUUGGACUUCAGGGAGAUUAGCUGGUGCCAUUGGUAUCAGCUAAUGGGGAUCAUUUUAAAGAAAUAAAUAUAGACCAACACUGCAAUGUAGAAAUACUGUUAUACCUAAUGCUGUGACCAGACAUUUUACUGAGACGCAUUAUAGAUAUUGAUUUGUAUAUGUAUUUGCUGUAUGGGAGACCAUACAUAGAGUAACAUUCAAAUUGUCUGUUGAUUAUUUUGGUGAGUCCACAAACCAAAAGGAAAAAUGCAUUUUAUCUUCCUCUCAGCUAAACACAAUGGUUUGACCUGGUUCUUUGCCCCAGAGGGUUCACAAUGUUGUAACUGGGUGGGGUCAGACAGCGCCUCGGUGCUGCACCAUAGUUAAUUAAUGUUUGGGCCUCAACUGAGGUCAGAUAAUUGGAAGGAAAAUAUAUUUUUGUCAGGAGACAUACUACUAAGUAACAAAUAAAGUUCACUCGGAAAAAUGGGUCAGAUUUUUUGUUAGAGUUCCCAAUAUACCUUCUGGUUUACAAAGACCUCACUGCUCAAUACUA